AUGUCUUUGAGGUUUCGAAAACCCAACGAACCAGAAAUAUGUGACCAAGAACAUAGUCUCUUGGCUCUGGCAAAACUCCAAAAGAGAAGGUGGAAGUUGGCUUUUGAUGUCAUUCGCUUCACCAGGGCUCUUGCUUCUUUGCCAAAGAUAGCUGUAGACAACAAUAAACAAAUCUUGCGGUCCCUCUCUUAUGUUGCCAUUGAUAUCGGUAGAGCAUUGCCACACGAUGACGUAGGAGUUAAUUUUCUCGACAUUGAUCAGAAAAUACUCACUACCAUGGUGAAAGAGAAGAACUUCGAAUCUUUGAACAAUCUGGGAGGAGUGAAGCAAGUUGCUACAAUUCUUGGAACCGACGAAAAGAAUGGUGUCCCAGGUAAUGAGGCUCAACUUCUGCAUAGAACGAAUGUUUUUGGUAAAAACUGUUAUAAAAAGCCAAAUGCAAAAAGCUUUCUUAGUUUUGUUUAUGAAGCAUUCAAAGAUACUACCAUUGUCAUACUUCUAGUCUGUGCAAUACUUUCUCUAGCCUUCGGAAUUAAAGAAGAUGGCCUGAAAGAAGGGUGGUAUGAUGGCAGCAGUAUUAUAUUUGCUGUGUUUUCGGUUGUAAUUGUCUCUGCCGUGAGUAACUUCAAGCAAAAUAGACAAUUUGAAAAGCUUUCUGAUGAGAGUGCUGACAUAAAAGUUGAAGUAGUGAGAGAUGGCAGGCGUCAAGCUGUGUCAAUCUUUGAAGUUGUAGUGGGUGAUGCUGUGUGUUUGAAGAUCGGCGAUCAAAUUCCAGCUGAUGGGUUGUUCUUGAAUGGUUACUCCUUGAAGGUGGACGAAUCUAGCAUGACUGGUGAAAGUGACCAUGUUGAGAUCAAUGGCAGAGAGAAUCCUUUCUUGCUUUCUGGCACAAAGGUCACAGAUGGUUAUGGUUCUAUGCUCAUCACUUCUGUGGGUAUGAAAACGGCAUGGGGAGAGAUGAUGAGUUCUAUUAGCCGUGACUUGGAUGAGCAGACUCCACUGCAAGUUCGCCUCAAAAAGCUGACUUCCUAUAUCGGAAAGAUUGGAUUGGCAGUAGCUGUGAUGGUCCUUCUUGUUAUGUUGAUUCGUUACUUCACAGGCAACACCACAGAUGAAAGAGGAGAUAGAGAAUUCAACCGCGACAAGUCAAAGUUUGACGAUGCAAUGAAUGCAGUUCUGAGAAUUAUUGCUGCAGCAGUCACAAUAGUGGUGGUUGCAAUCCCUGAAGGUUUGCCUCUGGCUGUUACUCUCACUCUGGCAUACUCUAUGAAGCGUAUGAUGGCAGAUAAUGCAUUGGUUAGAAAACUCUCUGCUUGCGAAACGAUGGGAUCCGCCACAACAAUCUGNAACCUUGUUGCUCAGGCUUUGUAUCAAGUAAUUGUGCUAUUAAUUCUGCAGUUCAAGGGAAGAUCCAUCUUCAGCGUGGACGAGAAGAUAAAGAACACAAUGAUAUUCAACACAUUUGUCUUCUGCCAGAUCUUCAAUGAGUUUAAUGCAAGGAACCUGGAGGAGAAGAAUAUAUUCAAGGGACUGCACAAGAACAAACUCUUUAUUGGGAUUGUUGGGACUACACUAAUUCUCCAAGUCUUGAUGGUGGAGUUUCUGAACAAGUUUGCCAACACUAAGAGGCUGAAUUUGGAGCAAUGA